AUGGAAGCACCACUAGUGAUAAAAAGCUUUACUUCAGAACCUGACUACUUACCAGUGAAAAGCUUGAAGGAUGUUAAGUUUGUUUUGUGCACAGAGACAGUGAAAAUAUGGAAGAUAGCACUUCCAAUGGCACUGUCUGCUUUGUUUCAGUUCCUCACAAAGUCCUCAAGUUCUAUAUAUGCUGGUCAUCUCGGAGACAUUGAACUCUCUUCUAUUUCUAUUUACCAAAGUGUCAUCAGUUCCAUCUAUUUUUACUUGAUGUUUGGUAUGUCAUCUGCGCUGGCAACACUUUGUGGCCAAGCUUUUGGUGCUGGGCAAAUUCAAUCUACUUGUGUCUAUGUUCAAAGGUCAUGGAUUAUACUUGUUGCCACUUGUAUAUUUCUUCAGGCCCAAAGCAAGGUUAAAGUUAUUUUGUGCAUAUCAUUUAUGAAUUUGCUUAUACAAAAUGGGCUAUUAUACAUCUUCAUCUAUGGAUUUGGUUGGGGUACAACUGGCUUAGCCAUGGCCAAUAACAUCACAGGAUGGGGGUAUGCUGUGGCUUUGGUUGUUUAUGCCAUUGGUUGGUGCAAUGAAGGGUGGAGUGGGUUUUCUAUGAUGGCAUUUAAGGAAUUAUGGGACUUUGCUAAGUUAUGCCUUACAUCAUCUGUUAUGACUUGCUUAGACCAAUGGUACGUCACAUGCAUUAUGCUCCUCAUUGGUCAACUUGACAAUCCUGUGAUUGUUGUUGGUUCCUAUUCUAGUUGCCUCCAUGUUCUGGGGCUGGCACUUGAUGCUGCUCCUUGGAAUAGGUGCAGCCAUGAGGAUGAUUUGUAA